ACAGCAUCAUGAAUCAAGAAAAAUUAGCUAAGCUUCAAGCUCAGGUCCGAAUAGGAGGAAAGGGUACUGCUCGCAGAAAGAAGAAGGUAGUGCACAGGACAGCAACAGCUGAUGAUAAAAAACUUCAGAGUUCACUCAAAAAGUUAGCAGUAAACAAUAUUGCUGGCAUUGAAGAGGUGAAUAUGAUAAAAGAUGAUGGAACAGUUAUUCAUUUCAACAACCCCAAGGUCCAAGCUUCCCUUUCCGCUAACACUUUUGCAAUUACUGGUCAUGCAGAGGCUAAACCAAUCACAGAAAUGCUCCCGGGAAUCUUAAGCCAGCUUGGUGCUGACAGUUUAACAAGUCUCAGGAAGUUAGCUGAACAGUUCCCAAGACAAGUGUUGGAUAGCAAAGCAACAAAAUCCGAAGACAUUGAUGAAGAAGAUGAUGAUGUCCCGGAUCUCGUAGAAAACUUUGAUGAAGCAUCAAAGAAUGAAGCUAAUUAAAUCAUUAAUAGUUCUGGAAGCUGGCAUGGACUAGAUUUAAGAAAUCAGCUAUGUGGUUCCAAAGUUUUACAGAAACAGAGAACAUCACCUGUUAAUAGUUCAUUAAUAUAAAUAUUUUGUAUUUUAAUUAUGCUGUUUGUUCAGCAUUUUCUGUCAGUUGAUUUUGCAUUUUGCACUUACUCCCAGGAUCUGCUUUUUUGGUCAAAAAAUAAGAGAUGUCAGUGCAGUUUGAGGGUGCGUGCAUGUGCGUAUGUGUAUGGUGUGGGUGUACAUAUUGUGGAGAACAAAUUGGAGAACAUUUCUACUUACCCUUCCUUUUGCCUUCAGAAAUAGAAGUAAAACAGAUCUUUACAAUUGUUACUUUUUAUUUCCACUAAAUUGUGCACAGAAAGUGGUGAAAAAUGCAAGUCUUACAUGUCCACAUUUCAUUAGCUUGAGGCAGUCUUUCAUUAAGACUUGGGUUUAAUUUGCUGUGUUAAUGAUUGCAUUUGCUAAUAUGUAUCUCUUCCAUGUUGAAAAUGUUCACAUGCUAUUUGCAAUCAACUUCAUGUUGAUUCCAAAUGAUACCAAAGACAGGAUAUCUACAGCCUGCUUGGUAUGGUAACAUUUUAAGAAAUCAGACCUAGAAGAGCUUGCUUUUUUCCCUUUCUAAAAUUCCUUUCUCUCACUGUCUUCCUCUACUCCUUCCUUAACCUUAGCCAACUGUUAGCCUUAAUUUCAAAUCCUUUAUUAUAGAGCUGAUGUUUGUUCAACCUAUUCCACAUAGACUAAGCAGAAUGUUCUCCUCUUGAUUGUGGGAGUACUUCCCAGGAAUAUUAUUUGCUAAUGUUAAGAGAAGAGCUAGAUUGAGUCAAUUCUUGAAUUUGGAUGUCUAGUUGGUAACAGUCUGCUGCAUCAGUUUUGCACAGUAACAUACUGUUGCUUAAAGGAUUUUGAGCUGUUCCAGUGCCGUAAGUGCAACUACUAGAAGUGGACAAGACAACGUCAUUCUCAAGGGCACUAGAAAUUAGGAGUUUGGUACAGAUGAUUUUUAGUGUGAGAGAAAGAGGUCAUUGAUUAUAUUGCUGUAGCCUCCUGCUUGGCAGUUCAGUGACUCUAAAUCUAAAGGGAUUUUUUUUGGCUUACCUAACUUUUCCUAUAACCUACCUCCUAGGUUUGGUGUCAUGCUUACAGUAUAUUAUUAAAACCCACAAACCUACAAUAGGCAUUCACAGGAGUUUGGAGGAAUCACUGGUACACUGCAGUAUUUUCUGAACCUUCCUUCAAAAUGCUCAGUGUGAAUCCCUUUGUCAGAGGCUCUUGGAAGGUGCUUGAUGUAACUUGCAUCACAACAUAGUUGUCAUCACUGUUUGUGUCAAGGGCAGCUGUGGCUUAGGAAAGCCAUUUUUCUCUACAUCUGUCACCUUAAUUAUAGCUUAAUUCUGAGACAUAUCAGCUUUCUGUGUAGGUUCAUACACUAGAUAACUGUAAAAUACAAGGCUAUCAGUACAUGAGAGUUCUAGUGACAUCAACAUAAACUGCAAAAGCAGAGCUCUUGUGGUUUGUCAUCUAGACUCAAUUUAUUUUAUAGACUUGUUCAGUUUUCCUGUUAUAUUUUAUAUAAUACAUGGAUCUUACUACAAAAUAAAACCGUAUAAAAGAGGAAAUGUUCCCUCGUGUGUCAUUUCCUUCUCUCAGUAAUAUCUGCUGAGGAAUGUGUUGUUGCUGCAGCUGCUACUUUAGAGAGCCUUACAUUUGUUGUCCUGAAGCAGUUGGUAGCCAACAUAGAAGCUUAUAGUAUUGAGGAAGAUCUUUGAAGACUUUGAUAAAGCCCUUAGGAUUCUCAUCUUCCCCUCCCCUUUUCCUGCUCAUUCUAGACGAGACUCGCUUCAUCUCAUGGCUGCUCCAGCCUUCUACCGAUGGUUCAUGAAAUGUUUUCACACAAUACAAUCUGAGCAAACUGCCCUUCCAAUGCCUCUUCUGGCCCAGUGAGCAAAGAAAAGAGACUUGGAAGCAACCUUUCAGCUUUGCAGAGCAUUUCCAAGGGGCAUGAAUGAAAAACAUUUACAAGUUGCAACUGCGCUGAAUUUACAGUUGUGCCCUAUGUUUUUUUCACUGCCAAUCAUUUAGUUACUGAAAAUCCACAUAUUGUUGUAUAAAGCAUCGACUUUUGAAAUAGCAAAUGUGGUUAAAAAUUGGAAAGACUAGUAAGAAUCUGGAAUAAAAAUGUUUUGGUAAGUUUGUAAUCUGACUUACUGAUUCAUGCACGAAAGAGACUCUCUUUAGUUCUUGCUAUUUGGUCAUUGUAACAUUGCUUACCAGUGUUUGAAAAUCAGCAAACUAUAUGGGCUAUGUAGACUUACUAACUAUCUUUUUUUCCACUGUAUCCAAAAACUGUUGACCACUUUUGAUUUGCUGCUGAAAUGCUAGAGCUUAAAGAAAUCCAUUAAACUGAUUUUAAUUGAAAAUAACCCACUCUUGUGGAAAAUAGCUAGUGUACCUUUACAUAUAGCUAGGAAAUUACUGGAACAGCCUUUGUGCGCACUGGCAGAGGUGCCGAAAAUUGAAAAGUGGGGGGAGGCGUGUAAUAAAAUGCCUAAUUUUGAGAUGAAUGAAUACUA